AUGGAGUGUUGGGUUAAGGUCGAAGGUAAAACAGAGAAAAAAAAACCCUUAUUACUUGAGAAUCUGCUAAAAGUUUAUGCUGAGCACAUGAUGUUCCUAUUCCUGAGAAGCUCGACACACAACGUUGCUGCAGCAAGCCCUUCUACACGUAAUAUUCUAAGUAGAUUACUUACCCUUGAACAACAGGUGACUUCUUCAAACAUACUGGCAACUUAUUCUCAUUAUCGGAAUCUACUGUUGGAUCCAGUAAUGAAGGAACCAAGGGCGCAAUUUUAUGAUAUUGUAAUUGCAUGUAAAAAAAGCUUUUUCCAAAUUGAUAUUUUUAGAACUAUGCUUGAAUUAUCAAAGGAAGAACCAAUAUCUUAUGAAGAACAACAAAUUGCUAAAGUCUUGGAUAAGGCUUAUUCGCAUCAUUUAGAACAAGGAAGCGUUGAAGCAUUGCAUUCUCAUUUACUAAAAAUCUUAGUAGUGUUUACCCCGAUGUGUUGA